UCCUCAUCACAAACACAGCUGUUACUUCUUCUCCUAUCUUCCACGAAAUAUAUCUGCAAACUCUUAAUCUAAUCAGAUUUCAUUGUUCAAUUCAAUCUCAAACAUUUCAAACUCCACUAUCCAAUUCGACCUCGUAUACAAGGUAAGACUUCAGAAAUAUAGUAAUCAUGGAUGCAGCAAAUCUCUUUAAUGUCAAGGUAAGCAGUCAACUUUUGUCUUUAAGCAGUUCAUGAACUAAUGGAAUCAAUAGGACAAGGUAGUUCUUGUUACAGGUGGAGCCAAGGGAGUUGGGCGCAUGAUAUCAGAAGGCUUCGUCACAAAUGGAGCCAAAGUCUACAUCUCAUCCCGCGAUGCCAAAGCCUGCGAAGAAGCCUGCAAAGAGUUGAACGCACUCGGUACCUCAUUAUUUCCCAAUUCGUCUCAUUGGUCAAGCUAAUCACUCUUUCCUACAGGCAAAGGUUCUGCACACGCUAUUCCAGCAGACUUUUACAAACUCGAAGAUUGCAAACGCUUGGUGGAUGAAAUACAAAAGAAAGAAAAGAAAUUACAUAUCUUGGUUAACAACUCUGGAAGCAAUUGGGGAGCUCCUUAUGCGGAAUUCCCGGAUGCGGCAUGGACAAGAGUCUUAACUCUCAACCUCACAAGAGUUUUUACUCUCACCCAAGCGCUUACCCCUCUUAUGGAAGCCGCAUCUUCCCCCCAAGACCCAGCACGCAUCAUCAACAUUGGCUCCGUAGAUGGAAUCCGCGUUCCUUCUCUCGAAACCUUCUCAUACUCUGCCAGUAAAGCUGGUUUACAUCAAUUGAGCAGAGUUCUUGCAAAUCAUCUAGGAAGGAAAAACAUUACGAGUAAUGUGUUGGCUUGUGGACCGUUUGAGAGUAAGAUGAUGGCGGCUACACUGGAAAAUUUCAAAGACCAGAUUGUGAGUGGGAUUCCGCUGGGUAGAAUUGGGAGUAAGGAGGAUGUGGCAGGGGCUUGUCUGUUUUUGGCGAGUAGAGCGGGCAGUUAUGUUAAUGGAGCGACAAUUGCUUUGGAUGGAGGAAGUUUGGUGCAGAGUAAGUUGUAAAUAGGUGCGGAAGAACCGUGUAUACCAAUCUAUUGUGUGAUUUAAAGGGAGACAAUAGUAUGGUCUCGUCUAGUUCAAAAAACAUGCAACACGGUAUGAGUUACAUUCUCAUCGCAUAUCUGCAUUCGAAACAAUCAAGCAUCAUCA